AAAACAAACAAGCCCAAGUUUUAAAGGGCAGAGUUGUAAAAACUCCCAGGCUGUGGGGAGUAAGCUUGGUGACCUGCUAAUCGGACUUCAACUAUAACCCCACAGACGCAAAGUCGCCUGGAGCGCUCCAGCAUUUUCUAUCUCGUUCAGAAAGUGACACCACAGGCUAACGUUUCCUGGAGCGGACUCUGCUUCGUGCAAGAAGGACCUGCUGUGAAUUUCCAUGUAAGGAUCCUGACUCCAACUCUGCUGUAGGACGGAUAUCUGUUUCAGCAACACGCACUGAGUUUUGUUUCAUUACACUGAUCACUGCUGCCUUGGAGUUUUUAUUUUUUGCAACGCUUUGGAGGACAAAGAAAAAGCAACCCUGUGACGGUUAAAGAAUCCCCCUCACCACUGAAAGCAGCUAUGCAGCUUGAAAUUCAAGUAGCCCUCAACUUUAUUAUUUCUUAUUUGUACAACAAACUCCCUCGACGACGGGUUAAUAUCUUUGGUGAAGAGCUUGAGAGGCAGCUGAAGAAAAAAUAUGAAGGCCACUGGUAUCCGGAUAAGCCAUACAAAGGGUCAGGGUUUAGGUGCAUCCAUGUAGGGGAGAAGGUGGACCCUGUGGUGGAGCAGGCAGCCAAAGAGAGUGGGCUGGACAUCGAAGACGUCCGGAAUAAUCUUCCUCAGGACCUUAGCGUGUGGAUUGACCCGUUUGAGGUUUCCUACCAGAUUGGGGAAAAGGGACCGGUUAAGGUGCUAUAUGUGGAUGAUAACAAUGAAAACGGGUCUGAGUUGGACAAGGAGAUCAAGAACAGCUUUAAUCCCGAGGCCCAGGUCUUCAUGCCAAUCAGCGACCCUGUUGGGGCUUCCUCAGAGUCCAGCUCCCCCUCCCCUCCUUUUGGGCAGUCUGCUGCCGUGAGCCCAUCCUUUAUGCCACGCUCCACCCAGCCCUUAACCUUCACCACUGCCACCUUCGCCGCCACCAAAUUUGGCUCCACUAAGAUGAAGAGCAGCGGCCGCACUAAUGGUAACAGCGGCAGUAGCACCAAGGUGGCCCGCACCUCCCCUACCAACAACCUGGGUCUGAAUGUCAACACCCUGCUGAAGCAGAAAGCCAUCUCCACCUCCAUGCACUCACUGUACGGGCUUGGCCUGAGUCAGCAGCAGCAGCAGCAGCAGCAGAAAGCCUCUGCUCUCUCUCCCAACGCCAAGGAGUUUGUGUUUCCCAGCCUCCAGGGCCAGUCCAGCCCUGGAGCCGUGUUCCCCGGGGAGGGCUCCCUGGGGCUUGGCCCACUGCAGUACAACAAUGCCUUUGACAUGUUUGCAGCCUACGGAAGCCUCAACGACAAGUCUCUUAUGGAUGGCCUCAACUUCAGUCUGAGCAACAUGCAGUAUUCUAACCAGCAAUUCCAGCCAGUCAUGGCUAACUGAGCUCAUCAUUAAGAUGCUAUUUAUGAAUGACGGUGGCUCAAAGAGAAGGAAAAACAAAACGCACACUUAGAAACUGGACUUUAAGGAUGUAGUGUCUAGUCAGUAAAGCGCAUGUGCCCAAGGGUGUUUUUUACCGUGCCCCCUUGAGUUAGUUUCUACUAAAAGCUUGUUGUACAAACACAUCCAAGCUUGGUUACUUCAAUUCAACAUGCAUCGUUGUUUUUCUUUAUUUCUUUUUGCCAACCAAGCACAAAAGUUUUUACUAUGUUGAGGAAAAUGAUUUAAAAAGAUUAAAAAAAAAAAAAAAAAAAAAAGAGAAAACAAGCUUCAAGUUUUGGCCUCUUACAGUAUUUUACAGGUGGUAAGACAAGGCUGAUUUUUAUGGAUUGGCACUUCUAAGUGGGGUUACUUGGUCUUUUUCUAAUUGUAUAAUUUAAUUUAGUACAGAGUUUGUAAGAUAUCAGAGUAUAUAUUGUUUCUAUGACAUGGUGUUGCAUUUAUAUCUUUUUACUACUCCAGUGAUCUGUGAUGGCUGCAGCAGCUUUUCCUUAUUUUUCUUUUUUAAAAGAUAAUUGUUAAAGAAAUCCAUCUUAAAAAAAAAAAAAAAAAGAAAAAAAAACUAUACAUCAAAUAUUCUGAAGAUUGUGUACAGAGUAUUCCUUAGUGGUGGAAGUAAAGUGUAGGAAUAUUUGCUUUUUUUUCCCCUGAAAAAUGAAUUGUAUUUUCUGUUAAGAGGUUAAACAGAUUUUGCUAUACUAUGGACAAAAUGUAAUCGUAUGAAUAUUAAUUUUGUACCUACAUUGUGCAAUACUUGAUAUAAAAAAAAAAAAAAAAAAGGUAUAACAAAGUAUUUUGAGUCAGUGUCUUACAUGUCAAGAGGGACUGAAAUAGUUUAUAUUGUUAAGUUUGUAUUAAAUGCUUAAAAAUUAUAUGCUUGUCUUUAUUUUUUUUAAUUUCAUAUUUGCACCCUGGUCUUUUUAAUAAAAUAAACUACAGUUGAACAUGA